UCUCCAGCUGGUGGCUGAGCAGCCCUUGUUCUUUGGUGGCACUGAUCUGCCUUCUGAGACACUCUCCUUUAGGGACACCAGAAAGAGGAUGCUCACAGGGCUCUGGAGAGCCAGGGGAGAGGCACACAUGGCAUUCAGGGACGUGGCAGUGGAUUUUUCUCAGGAAGAGUGGCAGCUGUUGAGCUCUGCUCAGCGAAACCUGUACAAGGAGGUGAUGCUGGAGAACUAUGGAAACCUGGUCUCCCUGGGUAUUCGAUUUUCUAAACCAAAACUCAUCACCGAGCUAGAGCAAGGAAGAGAGACCUGGAGAGAGGAGGAAAAAUGUCAACCACCCAUAUGUCCAGCAGAACCAAAGCCGGAAAUCCAGCCCUGUCCUUUCUGCCCUUUGGAUUUCUCCAAUCAGAAAUUCCACAAGCAACAUGUGCUCUGCAGUCAUGCCCCUUGGAUGUUCACCUGCUUGUGUACUGAGCAUUGUGUCCAGACCGGGAAUUCUUGUUCAGAAACACAACAAAAGGAACAACCUUCUGAUGAAAGAUCCUGGAGUGGCAAAUCAAAAGAUCAAGAGAGAGAAGGUGUCAAACCUACUUAUAGAAGAAUGAAGGAACCAACAUUAGCGACUUUUUCCAGGAAGCCAGUCCAAUCUGAGAAUGACAUCAGAGGUUUGGAAAUAGAGGCCAGUGAAGCUCAAAGGGGCAUCCCCGAGGAAACAGACAAAUUACUAAAGAGGAUAGAAGUCUUAGGAUUUGGUACAGUCAACUGUGAAGAGUGUGGACUAGGCUUCAGCAAGAUGACAAACCUACUUAGUCACCAGAGGAUACACUCAGGAGAGAAGCCUUAUGUGUGUGAGGUUUGUGAGAAGGGCUUUAGUCUAAAGAAAAGCCUUGCUAGACACCAGAAAGCACACUCAGGGGAGAAACCUAUUGUAUGCAGGGAGUGUGGGCGUGGAUUUAACAGGAAGUCAACCCUCAUCAUACAUGAGAGAACACACUCGGGUGAAAAGCCUUAUAUGUGCAGUGAGUGUGGGCGAGGCUUUAGUCAAAAGUCAAACCUUAUCAUACAUCAGAGGACACAUUCAGGGGAAAAACCUUAUGUGUGCAGGGAGUGUGGGAAAGGCUUUAGCCAAAAAUCAGCUGUUGUUAGACACCAGAGAACACAUUCAGAGGAGAAGACUAUUAUGUGUAGUGAUUGUGGACUGGGCUUUAGUGAUAGAUCUAACCUCAUCUCACACCAGAGGACACAUUCAGGGGAGAAGCCUUAUGCUUGCAAGGAGUGUGGGCGGUGCUUUAGGCAGAGGACAACCCUUGUCAAUCACCAAAGGACACACUCAAAAGAGAAGCCUUACAUUUGUGGGGUGUGCGGGCACAGCUUUAGCCAGAAUUCAACCCUCAUCUCACAUAGGAGGACACACACUGGGGAAAAGCCUUAUGUGUGUGGGGUGUGUGGACGAGGCUUUAGCCUGAAGUCACACCUCACCAGACACCAGAAUAUACACUCAGGGGAUAAGUCCAUCGUAUGCCAGGAUUGUGGUAGAGGCUUUAGCCAACAGUCAAAUCUCAUUAGACACCAGAGGACACACUCAGGAGAGAAGCCCAUGGUGUGUGAUGAUUGUGGGCGAGGUUUCAGCCAGAAAUCAAACCUAAUUGCACACCAGAGGACACAUUCAGGAGAAAGGCCUUAUGUAUGCAGGGGCUGUGGGAGAGGCUUCAGUCACCAGGCAGGUCUCAUCAGACACAACAGGAAACACUCAAGGGAGAAGCCGUGUAUGUGCAGGCAGUGUGGACUUGGCUUUAGCAAUAAGUCAACUUUAAUUGCACAUAAGCAGUUACACUCAGAAGAGAAGCUUUGUGUAUGUCGAGAAUGUGGUCAAGGCUUCAUUCAAAAGUCUCACCUCCUCUUACAUCAAAUGGCACACAACGGGGAGAAUUCUUAUGUGUGCAGGACAUAUGGGCAAAGCUUUAACCCGAAGCCUCACCUCAGUAAACAUAGGAUAAAGUCUAUCUUUCACAAGCCAUCACUCCAUGCUGAUUUGGAGGCUUGUUCAGGGCAAUCUUCUGUUCCUUUACACUCCCUUUGAAAGUAAAAAUUACAACAUGGACUAGGUAACCGAAAUUUUUACACUAAUAAAUUGGAGUAGAAAACUGGAUCCCUUAAGUGAUCAAAGAACAUGUGACUGAGUUUACUUUCUCCCCACUAUCUUUUCCAUGUAUUGUGGCCUUUUUCUUUUAAUAAACAUUGCUUCUUUACAAAUCUGUA